CCCUAAAGGGUUUGGAAAAUUCUAACUAAUUGUAAUAAAUCACAUUGUUAUGACGUAAAAAUGUUUUAAUGCUGAUUUUUAAUGCCUAGACAACAUGACCAGACUCUUCCUGUUGCCGGCCAUUGACUUUAUCACAUUUUGGCCAUUUUUGUGAUUUGUGCCCUUUUUCCCUGGUAACGCACACAUUUUUUUUUAAUAGAAAUUUUUUAGUCCUUCAUUGUUUUGUUCUUUUACACUGCCCGACUGGUGCGACAAACAAAAUGAUUAGAUAGCACAGACAACGGGCUUGUUUAUCUCCUGCCGGGACGUUGGACCGACAUUGUGCAUUGUAACUGCGUGGUGUGUUGUGGCCCCUAGUAGUCUACAGUCGGAGGUCUGAGCGGUAGGCGCAGGCGUGCCGUGUGCGCAGCGGCCGGAUGGUGAGACCCGUGGUGCUGGUGCACGGGGGAGCGGGCGACAUCCCGGACGGCCGUGUCGAGGCCAAGCUCAGCGGGAUGCGCAGCGCCGCGCGGGAGGGCUACGCUGCGCUGGCCGGCACGGGAAGUGUGCUGGACGCUGUCCAGGCGGCCGUGCGGGUCAUGGAGGACGACCCCGCGUUCAACGCCGGUAGAGGAUCUGUCCUGAACAUAGAAGGUGAAGUUGAAAUGGAUGCAAUUAUAAUGGAAGGAACAAAUCUUCAAGCAGGGGCGGUCGGCGCGCUGAGGAACGUGCAGCACCCGGUGGACGUGGCACGGCUGGUCAUGGAACGCACGCCCCACGUGCUGCUGGUGGGCGAGGGGGCCAAAGGGUUCGCCACGGCCGCAGGCGUCCCCGACGUGCCGGCGUCGGCGCUCGUCACGCAGGCCUCCAGGGAGGCCCUAGAGAGCUACAAGCGGCACAGGGACCGCACGCUCACCGAGACCGGGGGCGGGGGCGUCGGGACGGUGGGGGCGGUGGCCGUCGACGAGCGAGGGCACGUGGCGUUCGCGACCUCCACCGGCGGCACUUCGGGCAAGAUGGUCGGCCGCGUCGGCGACUCACCGCUCAUCGGUUCGGGAGGAUACGCGGAUGAUGCUGUUGGCGCAGUGUCUACGACAGGACAUGGGGAGUCCAUCAUGAAGUUCUGUCUCGCCCAUUACAUCCUCACGUUGAUGAAGCAAGGCAGAUCAGCGCAGGAGGCGACCGCGGCGGCCUGCGAGGAGAUGACUCGGCGCUUGUCGAACACGGGCGGUGCCAUCACGGUGUCCAGCAAGGGGGACGUGGGGAUAGCGUUCACGUCCAAGAGGAUGGGCUGGGCGUACCAAGUGGGGGACCAGGUCUUCGCGGGCGUCGGCCCCGUCGACGCAGUGCCCCGCAGUUAGAGCAACAACACCAUGGCACACACUAAUCGAGACAGCUCUAUAUUGGUACAUAACUAAACGAAACCCAUAAUGGUUAUGGAUUCAUAAUGAGCUACGUAGUUUCUUUCUUAAGAAUAUACUCAGAUACAGUCAAAAUCUGAACCGUCAAAAAAAAAAAAAAAAAAAGUCUCACUUUAUCUUAAACACCAUGUAUGUACCUUAUUUUAUGUCUAUUCAGAAUAAAUAAUUUGUGGCAAGUAAUUUUUCAUUGAGACUCUACUUUCUCACUUUCUAUAGUGUGUGUGUGUGUGUGUGUUUUUUUUUUUUUUUUUUUUUUUUUUACUGGCAGAGUCAUUUUUACUUGAAUAUUGAGUGUUAAAACACAAAAAAUAAAUGUUGGAGGGCAGAUGGAACUGAAUUAUUUGUGUUGAAAGAUACAUACAUUUAUAUAGUCAAAUAUUUAAAAACUUGUAUUUUUCAUGUACUAAAUGAAAUGACUGCAAAUAAAUCUACUUGUUUACCAAUUAAAU